GAGUGAUGUGGAAAACGCACCGUACAACCUUUUGGCUAAGCUUACAUUAGCCAAUCAGAUUGCUUACUGCGUCAUGGCGCGAAAGGGCAGAAAGGCGCGGAAUAAAGUGACAUCACAACCCGCGAAACCGGUGAGAGUGUGCACUUUAACUCUUUCAGUUGUUUUACAAGUGUGCUGACAUUUUCUACCAUUGUCAACACUUCUUCAUUACAAUGGGAAUUCAUGGUUUGGCCAAGCUGAUAGCAGAUGUGUCCCCUACAGCCAUCAAGGAAAAUGACAUAAAGAGUUACUUUGGGCGUAAGGUUGCUGUUGAUGCCUCUAUGUGCAUCUACCAGUUUCUGAUUGCUGUACGACAGGAUGGCAAUGUGCUGCAGAAUGAGGAGGGGGAGACCACCAGUCACUUGAUGGGCAUGUUCUACCGUACCAUUCGCAUGGUGGAGCAUGGAAUUAAGCCUGUCUAUGUUUUUGAUGGAAAACCUCCUCAGUUGAAGUCAGGCGAGCUGGCCAAGCGAAGUGAGCGCAGAGCAGAAGCUGAAAAGCAGCUAGAGGCUGCUCAAGAGGCAGGUGAGGCAGAAAACAUUGAGAAGUUCAAUAAGAGACUAGUAAAGGUCACUAAACAGCACAAUGAGGAGUGCAAGCAGUUACUUAAACUUAUGGGCAUUCCUUAUGUGGAUGCUCCGUGUGAAGCAGAGGCCACGUGCGCUGCGUUAGUGAAAGCUGGGAAGGUCUAUGGUGCUGCCACUGAGGAUAUGGAUGCCCUUACUUUUGGAACCCCAGUGCUGCUAAGGCAUCUCACUACCAGUGAAGCCAAAAAGCUUCCCAUCCAGGAGUUUCACCUUAACCGUGCUCUACAAGAGAUGGAGAUGACAUAUGAGCAGUUUGUGGACUUGUGUAUCUUACUGGGCAGUGAUUAUUGUGAAACCAUCCGUGGUGUUGGGCCUAAGAGGGCAAUAGAUCUAAUCCGGCAACAUAAGAGUAUUGAAGAAAUUCUUGAGAAUAUUGAUCUCAAGAAGUAUCCUGUGCCAGAGAACUGGCUACACAAGGAAGCACGACAGCUCUUCCUGAAUCCAGAAGUAAUAGAUCCUGAGACUUUGGAGCUGAAAUGGACAGAGCCAGAUGAAGAGGGCUUAGUUGAAUUUAUGUGUAAAGAGAAGCAGUUCAGCGAGGAUAGAAUACGCAAUGGGGCAAAAAAAUUGACCAAGAACCGCCAGGGCAGCACACAGGGUAGGCUGGAUGACUUCUUUAAGGUCACAGGUUCAAUCAGUUCUUCCAAGAGAAAAGAGAUGGAAACCAAAGGCUCUGCUAAAAAGAAAGCAAAAACUACAGGCACUCCAGCAGGAAAGUUUAAGAGGGGAAAAUGAGUGUGAGAGGGGAAUCAGAACUGUUUGAAUUACUUUUUGUGAAAAUAGUUUUAUGCAAAGUUUAAAUAAAAUAAUUACAUUUGUA